AUUAAUUGACUGAUGUCCAUCCCAGUGAAGGGAUACUACUGCUCUCCUGCAGCUCCACAGCAGAGCUCGCCCUCAGUAGCAGCGCAGUUCAUGAGGAGGAAACAACUAUGAGAGAGUAGAGAGCAUGCUCGGACAAUUCAUGUAAAUGGCGCCCGUCAAAAGGACAUUAAAUCAGCGCUUGCUGUUCUUUCUUCUUUUUCUUCCCAUCUCAGGUGUUUUAUGCUUUAGUGAGUUAUUUUUCAUCAAAGAGCCCCAUGAUGUCACUGUCAUGCGGAAAGAAGCAGUUAUUUUGGACUGUCAGGCGCACGGAGAGUCGCCCAUCGACGUUCGAUGGCUCAAAAAUGGAGUAAGAGUCGUGGAGAACGAACGGGUGUACCUGCUCGCCAACGGCUCCCUUUUUAUUUCAGAGGUGGAGAGCAGAAGAGGAGACAAAUCAGAUGAAGGGCUCUAUCAGUGCCUCGCUCAGAACAAAUUUGGAGCAAUCUUGAGCCAGAAAGCCCGUCUUACAAUCGCAAGUAUCUCUUCUUUUACAAUCCAGCCGACGUCAAUAGUGGUGACUCAAGGCUCAAUCGCCAGGUUCUCCUGCAAAAUCAGUGCUCAUCCUCCUCCAAUCAUCACAUGGGAGCUCAAUCGUGUCACAUUACCCCUCACCACUGAAAGAAUCACAGUCCUGCCCAGUGGUGUUCUUCAGAUCCAUGGAGUUCAGCGGUCAGAUGCUGGAAAUUACCGCUGCAUCGCCACUAACAUUGCCAGCCGUCGUCGAAGCAUGGAGGCCACCCUUACUGUCACAGCUCCCAGUCCGCAGCUUCCCCAGAGGCCUCGCAUCAUCGUCGGGCCACAGAACGUUUCAGUGUCACUGCACCAGACUGCCAUCCUAGAAUGCAUGGCCACAGGAAAUCCCCGACCCAUCAUCUCCUGGAGCCGCGCGGACAGCAAGUCUAUUGAUGUUUACAACACCAAAGUGUUGGGAAAUGGUAAUCUCAUUAUCACCGACAUCAAACCUCAGCACGGAGGGGUCUACAUGUGCAGAGCCACGACUCCUGGAACACGAAACUACACCGUUGCAGCAGCCAAUGUCACAGUGUUAGCACCACCCUCUUUGGUUGAGUGGCCAGAGAGCUUGACCCGUCCACGUGCUGGCACUGCCCGCUUUGUGUGCCAAGCUGAAGGAGUUCCAACACCACUAAUCACUUGGCUCAAGAACGGAGAGAAAGUUCACUCUAAUGGUCGGAUUAAGAUGUACAACAGCAAACUGGUCAUUAACCAGAUCAUCCCAGAGGACGAUGCCAUCUAUCAGUGCCAGGUAGAGAACGAUCAGGGAUCAGUCCUCACCAUGGCCAGGCUCAUUGUAGUGAUGUCUGAGGAUCGGCCGAGUGCUCCCAGGAAUAUCCAAGCCGACACCGUGUCGAGCUCUGCCAUUCUUCUGGCUUGGGAGAGGCCUCUGUAUAACUCGGAUAAAGUCAUUGCAUACUCUGUGCACUACAUGAAGGCUGAAGGAUUGAACAAUGAGGAAUAUCAAGUGGUCAUCGGAAACGAUACAACUCGCUACAUUAUUGACGACCUGGAGCCGGCUCGCAACUACACCUUCUACGUGGUGGCCUACAUGCCCAUGGGAGCCAGCCGAAUGUCGGACCACGUAUUCCAGCACACACUCGAGGAUGUGCCCCUCCGCGCCCCUGAGCUCAGCCUCACCAGCAACAGCCCCAUGGACAUCCAGGUGUCUUGGCAGCCCCUUCCAGACAAGCUGAGUCGUGGCAGAGUUUCUGCGUACCGUUUGUCCUACCGCACCAGUGCUGAGAAUACAGUCUCACAGAUAGAGCUACCUGGAGAGAAGACCCAGCAUCUCCUGGAAAACCUACAGCCUGACACCAUCUACCUGCUGCGGAUCACUGCUGCCACCAGCAUAGGGUGGGGGGAGCAGUCUGCCUGGACAUCCCACCGCACUCCAAAGGCAUCCAGUGCUCGAGUUCCUCUGGCUCCAGACCUCCAUUUGGAUCCUCUUAACUGCACCACUAUACUGGUGCGCUGGCAGCUAGCACCCAGGAACUCAGCCAGUGUGCAAGGAUACCGACUCUUCUACCAUGAGGAGAGCCAGUCAGAGAGCGCCCCGCUUCAGCUGCGUGCCUCUGAUAAUACACACACCAUCGGAGGCCUCGACCCAAGGAAGAAGUACCAUGUGAAGCUUCUGGCAUAUAAUUUUGUUGGAGAUGGUUACCAGGCUGACCAGACUAUAAGCACUCCUGGAUGUGUUUCUGUUCGAGAUCGCUUGGUGCCUCCACCACCUCCUCCACACAAUGUAUAUUCCAAGACCAACAGUUCCACCGCCAUACUUCUGCACUGGGGUCGACCGGCCUUUACCUCCAGCCAUGCGGUCAACUACACUGUCCGCUGCAACCCAGUGGGCCUGCAGAACGCCUCCCUGGUGCUCUACCUGCAGACGAAUGAACCGAGUCUUCUAGUGCGAGGCCUGGAGCCGAACACCAAGUAUGAGUUUGCCAUUCGCCUUCACAUCGACCAGUUGUCCAGCCCCUGGAGCCCUGUGGUCUAUCAGACCACUUUCCCUGAUGCUCCCACCCUGUCCCCCUCUAAUGUGAAAGUGACUCUGAUUGAAGAGGACACAGCGCUGGUUUCAUGGAAACCCCCAGAGGAGUCCAACGUAGCUGUGACACAUUACACCAUCCUGUACGCCUCCAGACAUGCCUGGAUAGCUGGGGAAUGGCAAGUGCUGCAAAGAGAAGGGAGCAUCACCAUGGCCCUGCUGGAGAACCUGAAGCCCGACCAGAUUUACUUUGUGAAAGUUUCUGCAUCCAACAAAAUGGGCGAUGGUCCGUACUCUCAAACAGUGGAGCUGAAUGUGCGAUCAGAUCCCUCCUCCGGUCAUGACCAGAGGCUCUCCCGCGGCUCCUCUACAGGCUUUUCUGAUGGCUUCUACCACCUGGACCAAAAGUCGAUGACAGGCAUCACUGUGGGAGUCUGCAUUGCUCUCAUUUGCAUCAUCAUCUGUGCUUUCAUCAUCGUCUGCAGAGGAAAAAACAGGAAAUUCUCAGCUGUGAAAACAUACGGUGAAGGUGUGGGCACAGCCUCCUCAUCUGCCGGACAGCUGAACUCUGAGGGUCAAGCUGAGAAUGCUGAUGUGACUGUGCCAAUGAUGAGUCAAAGUUUUUUCAUUGAUGCAAAGGGUGGAUCAAACCUCAUCAUCAACUCUCAGGGCCCGGUGCAGCCCGGCUCUGAGAAGACGGAGAAAUGGUUCCCCUUCAGCAGUAACAUGAAAAGGGACAAUAAAGCCGCACAGAACAUGAGACAAGGCAUGCCCCUCUACGAGCCCGGUACCACAGUGUUGACGUACGAGGAGGAGCUGUCUCCAGACCAGCCCAACCCCCUGCAGUCUCUGCUCUGGAGCCCCGGGGACACGGAGGGCUCCUCCAACAGCGAGGGCAGCCACGAUACCGGUGACUCGGGACGUUACUCUCACGACGAGACCGAGAUGACCAACUUAUCAUCCGGACACAGCAGCCGCCCGCCGUCUCUCACAGCGGAGGACAGCGAAGACUCAGACAAUUGCACCCCAGCGGAGGAGCCGCUGGAGCAGGUGGAGGAGAGUCUGGCUGAGCGGAAGUUAAAGGAGUCCGUUCAGAACAGCUGCUGUCAGCAAGAGGCACACAGCAGCUUUCAGUCUGCACUGUGUGGGCGUGUACCUGAGUGUGUUUGAGACAGUGUAUGUGUGUAUUUGAGUGUGUGCUGGUGUGUUUGAGUGUAUGUGUGAAGGCAGGAUACACUUGCAAAAACUGUACUGAUGUAUAAAAACAGCUGAGCACAUGACACAUGUGUCUCUGUGCUCAAAAUAUAGUUACACAGGAGAUAACAAAUGAAAAGUAUCAUUUUUGGAAAAUAGCAUCAUUCCUUGUUUUGCAGAGAGAAGGUAGAAGCUCCUCUUCCAUCUACUCUGUUAUACGGCUACUACAGCAGCUGGCUAAUUUAACUAAGCACAAUGACAGUAAACAAACAGCUAGUGUGAGUCUGUACAGCAUCUUUUGAACUCACUGAUGGGCAGAUUAUAUCUUGUUUGUUUAAUCUGAGAAGAAGCUUAAAACUUGAGGGUAAAACCUUAAAAUUGGGGUAUUUGAGGGGUUAUUGGCAGGACUGUUUUUUGGCUGGAACCACUAACUUUCUUGAGUCUCUCCUCUGGGUGAAUCCAUGUUUUACUCUCAAGCUUUUGGAGAGAUUAAACAAAAUAAACAAUGUGUGCAUUAUAUAAUUUAAGAGGCACUGGUGGAAAGAACUCUGCUUCCUGUUUCCCCUUGUUUCCUGUCUUUAUACUAAGCUAUGCUGACUGGCUGUGAUAGCAUGAUAGUUACUGCACUGACAGAAGAGUGGUAUCAGUGUAAUCAUCUAAGAUUUGCAAAGACAGCAAUGACUAUAUUUCCCAAAGUGUUGAAAUAAUCCUUUACUCCCAAACAGAAAGUAUCACCAUGUUCAGUGUAGUUAAUUCCAUUGCAAGUGUACCCUUAGCCUAAAUGUAAGUAUGAGAGAGAAAAAGAGCGAGAGAAAGAGAGAGAGGUGUAAAGGAACAAGUGAGAACCCUUUUUUUUAACCUUUAUCCUCUUUUUGUUCCAACACACAUCGAUCAGGAAGCCGGCACAGGCCUCUCUGGUUGGCAGGUGCGGGUCAUUUGAUUUUCUUUUACUUCUUUCUGUUUCAUUCAAUGAAUGUCUUUUUUAAUUUUCUUUAUCUGUGUCUGUCCGUGUAUGAAAAAAAAUCUCACCCACCAUGAAUGUCUAAAAAAAAAGUCUGUCAAAACGUGACACAAAGUGACGUUUCUGACCUUAUUUAAGAGAGUUUAUCACUGGAGCGAAAAGGGAAGCGUGAGUCCUUUCUGCUGAUUAUCUACCUCGGUUUACCUGUUCGGUAAACUUCCACUGUAUAUUUAAAACUACUUAUACCUACGUUAUGUGAGGAGCUGCUUCAGCGACAUCACAUUUGAUACUUCCUGAUGACUUCUUUAAUUGAUUGUUAUCCCUUUUUUGUGUUUUCCUCUUACUGUGUUCUGAUUUGUGGAUGGUAAGGGCGCUGCAGAGAUCUCCUCUCACUCCACCUGUUGUGUGGACCAUAAAAAAAUAACCACAUGCAGUUUUUAUUUAUCCCCUCAGAUGUCACUGAGGUGCUGAGCCAGUAUUAAUAAUAUUUGAUCCUCAUUUUGUCCAUUAUUGAGUAAUGGAGUGAAAUAUGAAUGUCUGCUUUUGUUUUGUGUGUCUGAGCAGCAGCCCUUACCAUUCCUGUUUUAUACUACCUCAAAUUUAUUUUAUUGUCUUGUUGUUUUCCUAAACUCAGGGAACAAGGUUUAGUACAUUUGAAAAGUCAUGUAGUGUUACAUGCUGAUCUGACAGGGUAUCUUCUCAGUACUAAACUAUUGUAGUGUUAUUGCCUAAUACGAAAUGCUAUGAAUGUAACUCUCACUUUGUGUGCCAGGAGCUCAGAUGUUUGCUGUCCUCCUCACAGAUGGAAAACCUCCUCUGUAGUUUCUCCUCAGGUCCUGUGACGUCUGUUUUUACGACAGACUCUUUUGUUAAUGCGUGUUAAGAUUCACACCUGAAGUGCUUGCAGUGACAUGUCGGUACAGAAAGCUUUAUAAUGAAUGUGGGCAGCUUCCCUCAGAGGCUGAAAUUGUAAUCUGUCUGAGGGAGAAGCUCCACGUGAUGAUGCAACACAUGAAGAAGAAUGAUUGUAGUAAAAGAAAUGGAAGUGUUUAAUCAGAGGCGAAAGUGAAGAAUUGAAUGAACACCAUAAGACAUUUUUAAAAUCUAUAUUUUUGUUAGAAGAGAAUGUACUACUGAGUACACAAUGUAGUUUUGUUUCAAGUAGUUUUUUUUUUUGCUUUGCUGUAGAGUAGAUAAAGAUUAGCACUUGUCUGCCCAGUAGUUUUGCAUUUUAGGCCAAUGUGCAGCGGUGACUGUGACGCUAUAACCCAAAGAGUUGUUUGUUACCUGAGUUUAUUUUAGCCUCUCAACUAAUCUCUGGCAGAGGGUUACUGAGGAAUGUGAAAUAAUCAACACAGAUUAGACCAAAGAUUAAAAGACACAGCCUUUGAGAUGCAUUGAGGUGCUGCUCCUCAAGUGAAGCCUUGCACAUUAGUGGCCUUGACCAGUGACUGAAACAGUGCAGAUAGUCGCAGGUUAAAACUCUGAGGAAGUGCCUGCAGGAAAAACCGGCACUUCAUGACGACAGAGUGACAAUUAAUAAUCAAGUUUAUGCACAAAAGACAAAUGAUCCAGCCGCAGAGUUCCUCCAAAAACGUUGCAAACAGAAGUCUGUACAUUGUAGGUGAAAAUUAUCGAAUACAGUAUAUUAUAUUGAUUAGUGAUCUGUGAUGCAACGGUGCAGUCAUGUGUAAAUGUGCACUUGCUGAUGUUUUGUUUGAAUUCAUAGAAAAAUAUAUAAAAAAUAAAUUACUAAGAAGUUUGAAUGUGGGAGGAUCCUCACAAGCAACAUACUUAAAGUACUGUACUUCCUGUUGUUGCGUGUGAAAUCUUCUUUACAUACUCAAAACUAAAAGUAUUGCCUUUUUGAAUGAUAUUACAAAUGUCAGUGGGUGCACAAAAGUUUUAACACUACUGCAUUUUUAAUCAGAGGACUCUGCAGAGGAUUCAAUCAUGGGAAAUAUUAAGGGAUGAAAAGUGACACAAUCAGCUUAACUUUAUAUUUAAAAGCAAGCAAUGCAAACAAGAGAAGGUCACCGUUGCAUAUUGGCAAGACAGCAGUUUAAAAGUAUCCUUGCUGUGUGUGAAAAGUCAUUUUCAGUGUUCUCAUACCAUUUAAAUAACUAUAAUAUUGUACUUUGAUGGAAGCAGGAAGAAAAUGUUACGUUUCAUUAUCAUCGUCUAUUUCCAAAUAAUCAACUUAUCCUCCUUUUAUUUUGAAGUUUUGUUUUAACAGUUAAUUUGUGUUAAUUCUGCUUAUGAUGAAUAAAAGUGGGACUCACAUUUGUAUUCUAAGUUGAAACCCAAAACAUGUUCAUAUGUGCUGUAUUAGUAAAUCUUUAGGGGCUCAAUCCAGAAUCUGAAAUCAGCAGUCUCAAUGCAAGUGUACCAGUUAACCUGUGGUAGGAUAUUGACCUCCUAGACUGUAGCUGCUACUUUAACAAGCUGUUACAAUUUGAACAUACAGCUACUGGAGUGGCACAGGUUCUGUGUUGGGCCUCUUAUAGUUCAUCCAAGUACGCCUUAGGUUUUUGGUUUUUUGCUUUUCAUAUUCUGGUGGUGCAGAAUCAGAUGCAAUAUUCCUGGGACAGUAAUGUUUAUGAGAUUAAAGAUGAGCAUGUGUUUUCAUCAUGGGCCUCCCCAUGUCUGCUGAAUUUCUUCUCAGAACUGUUGAGUCACAUUUGUAUUCUUGUCCCAUCAUGUGAAUUCAAAGGGAUAAGAGCAGAGUUGCUCCUCCUUUUUGCAGUAUAGUUGUUUGAAUAAUGUUUGGGUGGAGCGCUGCGGGUCAUUUAUGGUCAAACUCAGGGGAACCCAAAGCUGCUCCACCUUUAAAGAGAAAGUCUUGAAAACUGAAUGUACCUUUUUGAAAUUACUGUAUGUUUUCUGACAUUUUCUGUUUGUUUUGUUAUAUUUUGUUUGUCAAGAAAAUCAUUGAAAGUUGUUUUUGCCAAAAAUGUUUAGCUAGGAGAUUUUAGACAGUGGUUAAUGAUGAAAAAGUCUGAUUCUCAAUAUAAAUAAAAUACAACAAAUGAAA